AUGCCUUCCUCCUCCGUCGAGCCGGACAACGGCGUCGCCACCGCAGCCUUGGUGGCGUCGACUCCCGCGGUCGACGAGCGCCUCGUCUCCUCCCUGCGCACGCAGGCCAAGGUCGAGUUCCUCUGCAAGAAGCACGGCGUUCCGAGCGCGUAUACCCCGCGCCCCGCCGGCGACGACCGGCGCGCCUGCACGCCCCCGCCCCCGGGGCAUAUCUGCGUGUACGCGCACGCGCUGGAAGCCGGGAUGCGCGUGCCGCUGCACGGCUUCUUCUGCGAGGUGCUCGUCCACUUCGGCAUCGCGCCGGCCCAGCUCAUGCCCAACGGGUGGCGCGUCAUGGCGGGCUUCCUCGCGCUCAGUCGUUCCGUCGGUGUGCCGCCGUCGCUGGGCGUGUUCCGGCGCUUCUUCGUUCUGUCCACGGUCAGCCACAAGCUCAAAGGCUGGUACUGUUUCCGUGCCAGGGACAGCUCCGGCCUGCGCUUCACGGGGAUGCCAAAUACUCCCUUGGACUGGAAAAGGCUGUAUUUCUUCCUCUCGUCGCCGGAGCCGUGGCCUUGCCCCGUGGAGUGGGGCGAGCCGUCGAAGAGCUCCUUCGUAAAUCCGGCGCUAACCAGUGAGGAAAAGAGAUCGGCGAAGAAGAUACUAGAAGCUUAUGGUGGCGCUGGCGCCGCCGUUGAUAUGAUGACAUGUCUUUGCGACGGCAACCUCGCCGGCCCUAUGGUACCUGCCGCAUCUCCACUUCCGCCGGCGGCGGCUUCUCCUUAUACUUCCAAAGGAAUGGAUCCAUCCGUCUACAACAUGAUGAGAACUAUGUUUGCGGAGAGGGCGUUGACGAAGAAGGUGAAAGCCGAGCCGGGCAGCAACGCACCAGGAUCGGCAGCUUUGUGCGGGAAGAAGAGGGAUCUGGAGGAAGGCAACGACAAGGAGUGCUCGCCCCCUUCGCUGCUGAACACGGCGCUAUCAUCCUCCGUCGUGUUUCCGCCACCGCCGGGCUUCCUACCUAGGAAGCCACGGACGAACCUCCCCAGAAGGCACGGCGGAGACACCACGGGCUGGAAGGCUGCACGGGAGCUGCUGCAGUCCGCCGUCGCGCCGCCGCAGGAGCGCGUGUUCGAGGCUAGCAAGCCUUCCGAGGUCGUCAGGUCGAGCUACGCAGCGAUUCUGAAGGCCGUGAACUACACGUCAUUCUCCCUGAGCUACGCGCUGGAGCUGGAGGGGAAGCUGGUGGCGCGGGACGCAGAGGUGGCCGCACUGCGGAAGCAGCUGGAGGAGGCGAAGGCAGAGGUCGCCGCGGUGAAACGGGGGUCAGAAGUUAAGCGAGAGGAGGGGAAUGUGGAGCUCGCCGCGCCGAAGCGGCCGACAGCGGAGGCGGCGGCGGCGGCGGCGGCGGUGCAGCAUCUCCUGGGAUCCGAGUCCGACGAGCACAUCUGGCGGCGCGCGGAGCAGGCGCUGGAGGGCUUCUACACCCUGCGGAGGUCGGGCUACUCCUUGCUGCUGACGGCGCUGAUGCUGCUCGUGGAGCUCCGGUGGUCGGAGCCGGAGACAAGCUGCGUCGGUACUCCUGCAAGCUCUUCAAUAAAGCCCUCAGGCUCCUCACGAGAUCUGGGUGUUUUCGAUCUGGAGGCUCCUCUCCCAUGCCGCCAUGGUGGUGGUGGUGCGGACAGGACUCCAGAUGGAGCUGCUCUUGUCCAGUCUUUUGAGCAGCGCCCUGGAGCGGAUCUUCAUUAA